GCCCGAGUUCGGUCUGUGCCCGUUCCGGAGAAGAUUCGCCGCUUGCCAGCCCCCGAACCCCACGCAGGCGGGAGGGGCGGGCCCUUCGGAGAGCAAGCCCGCCCCGGACCCCGCCCCCUCCUCCGGGCCCCCUCCUUCUGGGAGCAGCCCCGCCCGCGGCUCAAGGGGAGUCCCGAACUGCGCCGGGGCGCUCCGGACAGCGCGCCGAGCUCAGUGCCGCGCAGCCCAGCCCAGCCCGGCCCGGCCCGGCCCGAGCGAGUCCUCCCUCCGCCUCCCCUUCCUCCGCGGUCCUUCCUCCCCGCCGGCGGCCGCAGGACGGGCCAUGGCGCUGGGCUGCCCGGGGCUGGGGCUCCUGCUCCUGCCGCUGCUGCUGCUGGGGCCCGGCCCUCUGGGGGCCAAGCCCACCGUGCGCAAGGAGCGCGUGGUGCGGCCCGACUCGGAGCUGGGCGAGCGGCCCGCCGAGGACAACCAGAGCUUCCAGUACGACCACGAGGCCUUCCUGGGCAAGGAGGAGGCCAAGACGUUCGACCAGCUGACCCCGGAGGAGAGCAAGGAGAGGCUGGGAAAGAUCGUUGGCAGAAUAGACAGUGAUGGAGACGGCUUUGUCACCACCGAGGAGCUGAAGACCUGGAUCAAGCGGGUGCAGAAGCGGUACAUCUAUGAAAACGUGGCCAAGGUCUGGAAGGAUUAUGACCGGAACAAAGAUGAUAAAAUUUCCUGGGAAGAAUAUAAGCAGGCUACAUAUGGCUACUACCUGGAGAACCCAGAAGAGUUUCAAGAUGGAUCUGAUCAGCACACUUUUAAGAAGAUGCUGCCCCGUGACGAGAGGAGGUUCAACAUGGCUGACCUGGAUGGUGACAAGGUGGCUACUCGGGAGGAAUUCACUGCCUUCAUGCACCCAGAGGAGUUUGAGCACAUGAAAGACAUUGUGGUCUUGGAGACACUGGAAGAUAUCGACAAGAAUGGUGAUGGAUUUGUGGAUCAGGACGAGUACAUUGCUGAUAUGUUUGCCCACGAGGAGAAUGGCCCAGAGCCAAACUGGGUGGUCACCGAACGGGAGCAGUUUUCCGAUUUCCGGGAUCUGAACAAGGAUGGGAAGAUGGACAAAGAGGAGAUUCGCCACUGGAUUCUUCCCCAGGAUUACGACCAUGCCCAAGCGGAGGCAAGGCACUUGGUGUACGAGUCGGACAAGGAUAAGGAUCAGAAACUAACCAAAGAAGAGAUCCUAGAGAACUGGAACAUGUUUGUCGGCAGCCAAGCUACCAACUAUGGAGAAGACCUCACAAAGAAUCACGAUGAGCUCUGAUGCUCUCUCUCCAUAGAAUCUCGGACUCUGGCCAGCUUCCUUGCUGGCUGCCACAGUCGUGAUGGUCUUCCAAUUUGCACCAGCCUAACCCUGACCAAGCAGUUUUAUUACCUCAAAAUGUGGAUGAAAAAUAGUCUGUUACUUGGGAUUUCACCCAAAGAGAUUUAGUCUUUAUUAUUGUCUCAGUUAAAUUUCUCUUCAACUGUCUUCUGUUCUCAGAAGAUGUCAAUAUUAUUUGGGGAAUGUACUUUGACAACUCAGCUCUUUAAAGGUUUUUUUUUGGUUUGUUUUGUUUUACUUUUUCUUACGUAGAGGGAAAUAAAAUUUAGAUAGGGCCAAAACAUUCCAUCAAAUCCCUGAGAAUUGUAGGCAGUGGAGGCUUGGAUGAACAUGGGUUUGGCUCUCUUUGGAUGGGGAAAGGAAAGCUCUCUUCAUCACUGUAGAUAAGUCCUCUGGAAAGCUUCCUUUGGAAAUCACUCUUCAUUCUGAAUUGUUCCAGUAAAUGAUUUCUAUAAUCCUUGUAUUUUUGUUCUGUACACAUUUGUUAAUGUGUACAAUAAUCUCACCCCCCUCCACACUUUACAAAAAUACUGUUUGAGUGAUUAGACAAGGUGGAGACAGAAUGAGUGACUCUUUGAAUCUCUAAGGAAGACAUUUGAAUUUUUUUUUUCCAUCUUGGUCUUGGGAUCUCUGUUUGAGGAACUCCCAGUGGGGAAACUCCCUUUCUCUAUCAAAUCCUGCAUUUCCACUGGGACUUAUUGUUUCUUGGGACAUUAACAGAUGAAGGAACUUGCCCCCUUCACCCACUCAGUCAUCUUCAGAAGUGAGACUUGAACCCAGAUUUUCUGAGCAAAGCAACCUCUGUCCACUACCAUUCUGCCUCUCAAACAUUCUAACAAGGACAAGGAAAUAGCUCCUUUUUUUUUUUUCUUUUUCAAAUUUUUCUAAGAGAAUUUUUUUAAGAUUCCAUUGAACUUAGCCUGAGUCUUCCAGGUGAAAAAAGAUUCAGGUGAUCAGUUCUUACCACCAAUCCACCAAAGGAGGAGGUGAUGGAGCCUACAGAAUGGCUGAGAACACCCUCACAGGUUUGAAAAUCCCAUCUUGUUCUAACUUGGAAGCAAAAAACAAUAAAGGAUCCUGAUGGGAA